CUCCAUCUCUUCUCUCCUCCUUACGAUACAUAUUAAUCUAUUAUUCUGUUAACGAAUCGAGUGUCCGUGCCUCAGUGUGAUAACGUUAAGGGGGGACUACGGUAGUUAUUUGGUCUAUGGACGUGGUGUGAAAAGAUUAAAAAAGGAGAGGAGAGAAAUGUUUGCUUUACAGGGCCAGAGGAAUGCCCCUGCACUAGGCUCCGUCAGAAUGAGAAUACUGCAGCUUCGUCGGGGUCGCCUCCUGAAGGGGCUGUUGGCGGCGGUGGCGGCAGCGGCGGUGGUUCUGCUCCUCGCCUCCCACGUAUCCUCUCCUGUUGGCUCCACGCUCAGAUCUGCAGGCGCCCUUAUGAGCAAACCCAAGCAGGAGGUCGUCUAUCAGGGGAACAAGGUAGGGAACUUUGAGCCCCCACCCGCACCGAAGAAGAGUGGCCCAGGGGAGGGGGGGAAGGUGCACCAGCUCUCGGCGGCCAAGCAGAAUGAGGGAGCCCAGUCCGUGAGCGAGUAUGGGAUCAACAUGGUGGUGUCGGACGAGAUAGCCAUGGACCGGGACAUCCCAGACACCAGACAUUCAGAGUGCGCCCACUGGAACUAUCCCGAGGACCUUCCAACAACAUCCGUGGUGAUCGUGUUCCACAACGAAGGCUUCUCCACCCUCAUGCGCACCGUCCACUCCGUCAUUGACCGCUCCCCUCCGCAGUUCCUGAAGGAGGUGCUGCUGGUGGAUGACUUCAGCGACAAGGCCGCCCUCAAGGAGCAGCUGGAGGACUACAUCACACGCUGGAAUGGGCGAGUGCGACUUAUCCGGAACAAGGAGCGCGCAGGCUUGAUCCGUACUCGCACCACCGGGGCUGAGGAGGCGAGGGGGGAUGUGGUGCUCUUCCUGGAUGCCCACUGUGAGGUGAACCGGAACUGGCUGCCGCCCCUCCUCGCACCCAUCUAUAGGGACAAGCAAACCAUGACAGUCCCAGUGAUUGACGGCAUAGACCACAACACCUUCGAGUACCGACCUGUGUACAGCGCCGGGUCAAACUUCCGCGGCAUUUUCGAGUGGGGGAUGCUGUACAAGGAGACCGAGCUGCCCCCGGAGAUCAUGCGGUCGAGGGCCCAUCAGAGCGAGCCUUACAAAGCCCCGACACACGCGGGCGGCCUCUUCGCCAUCAACCGUGAAUACUUCCUGAGCCUCGGUGCAUACGACCCCGGCCUGCUGGUCUGGGGUGGGGAGAACUUUGAGCUGUCCUUCAAGAUCUGGCAGUGCGGCGGCAGCAUCGAGUGGGUGCCGUGCUCGAGGGUCGGGCACGUGUACAGAGGCUUCAUGCCGUACAACUUUGGCAAGCUGGCCGAGAACAAGAAGGGCCCUCUCAUCACUAUUAACUACAAGCGUGUGAUCGAGACCUGGUUUGACGACAAGUACAAGGAGUAUUUCUACACGCGAGAGCCGCUUGCCAGGUUUCUGGACAUGGGUGACAUCAGCAAGCAGUUGGCCAUGAAGGAGCGUCUCGGCUGCAAGAGCUUCCAGUGGUUCAUGGACAACGUGGCUUACGACAUGCUCAGGAAGUACCCCGAGCUGCCCAAGAACCUGCACUGGGGGGAGCUGAGGAGUGUGCUGGGGGACUUCUGCUGGGACACUGCCGGCCAGGAUGCCCCGGCCAAGGUGGAGAGCUACCCUUGCAUUGGGGACAGCCUAGGCGGGGACACCAGUCAGCUUAUCAGGCUCAACAUGGAGGGCCAGCUGGGCGUGGGCGAACGUUGUAUUGAUGCAGACAGCCAGGGCAUCAAGCUAAUAUUCUGCAGACUUGGCACAGUGGACGGCCCUUGGCAGUAUGACGAGCAAAACCACGUGAUGCUCCACAAGCGCCUGGGGAAGUGUGUGGCGCUGCACCCUCAGACCUACCAGCUCUCCCUCAUGCCCUGCGACCCCAUCAACAACUACCAGAAAUGGACCUUCAAGCAGAUCACACCCAAGUGGUAGUCGCACCUCCUCCCUCGUAUCACCAGCAUCAUCAUCAACCUCUUCUUCCGCUGCCUCCUUUGUAGUAGUUCCUCCUGCAGCUUCUCGGAUAAUGGAAGGUGUUAGGGUGGAUGUUAUCUGAUCUAAUUCCCUUUAUUCAUUAUCUACUUCAGUUCUCUUCCACUCCUUUACCUUCCGUCCAUUUCCAUUCUUCCUUAAUUUUCUCUACUCUUACUUUUUACCUCCAAUCUAUCUCCUUUUGCGUACCUUCUCUCGCUAUUCUCUCUCUUUACGACUUCUUACCUCCAUUUUUUAUUUCAUUUUACCUCCAAUCUUUCUCCUUUUAUGUACUUUCUCUCUCUUUACUACUUCUUACGUCAUUCCUUCCAAUCCUUCUCCUUUUACCUACUUUCCUCCACUCCUUUUCCUCCUCCCUACUUCCCUUUACUCCUCUUCCCUCCGCUCAUUCCUCUCUUACCUACUCCUCUCACCUCCUUCCCUCUCGUGUCUGGCAGGUUAUUUUAAAGUUGUUUGUCAUGUCACCCGGGGGAAGUGUAACAAAGCAAACACUUUAGAGAGACUUAAGGGAGUGGGGUGAAGUUAUGAUUCCUCCUAAACCCACUCUAAUGCAUGAAGGAAUAUCGACACCUGCAACAAACAAACCCCACGGCACAAAAACUGUAUAGGACUUUGAUUUUCUUUUAAGUUUGGCCAAUGUUGCUUCUGGAUAAGUGAACUGAGUGGUGCUGGGAGCCACGAGGGUAGUCUAGCACCAUGGCGGUAGAAUUGGUGGAGUCAACACAGCCUGCUAAUCCCAUUCAUUGAGGUGAAGCCGACGAGCUGUCAAAUUUACGGCCAAAAGAUGGGGGUGGGCGAGCCUGGCCGAGCCCUGACCUGACAACACCUGACACCUGGCCGUAAAAAUGACAGCUCGGGUGGAUUCACUUAAUUGGGCGGAUGUCGACUCCACCAAUUCUACCUCCAUGUCUAGCACAGUCUGUAAACACACACCACCAUAGCCACAGUGUUUAUAGGUGAAUAUUGAUGGAUAGCAAAGCCUCAACAUGCACAAGGCUCAUAAUCUGGACUUAAAAUGCUCAAACUGCCUUGGCUAGUCAAUGGUGUGGAGAUCUUAUAGAAAAGCAGGAUUAUAUAUAAGAAAGUGGCAUAAAACGAUAGACAAGCUCACCAAUAGCAAUAGUUCAAUGGCCAGAUGUCUUGUUGGUUGUCUAGCUUGAAAAGAAACACAGUAGUGGCUGGUAACACUAAGGUUGGUAUUUUAAGACAUUUUCGCUUCACAAGUCAGCUAUUUCUAAGGUCAAAGAGGGGGUCAGUUGCGUUCUAAUGUGUGUUUCUUCAGGUUCACAGUACAGAGGAAGAGUCAAACUACCAUCAAAGAGGGGGUCAGUCGCGUUCUAAUGUGUGUUUCUUCAGGUUCACGGUACAGAGGAAGAGUCAAACUACCAUCAAAGAGGGGGUCAGUCGCGUUCUAAUGUGUGUUUCUUCAGGUUCACAGUACAGAGGAAGAGUCAAACUACCAUCAGAGUCAUAAAACUACUCCUGGAAAUGCCCACAACUCCCACGAAAGUCUUGUCAAAUUGGUGUUCUUUGGCGAUGAAAUGUCUUAUGAUACGACCCUAAAGCUACUGCAACACUCAGAUUUUUCCUCGCCUUCUUUAUAGAGAUGAACACGACUACAUUAUCCACAGAGCUCUCAGUCCUUGUGCAUCCAAUCUUUAGUUUUUAAUAUACCAGUGAAUUUAUUUUUCGGAUAUUAACUGCAUUUUUCCUCGGAGCAUUUACUCGUAUUCAGUUAUAGCGAGCAAAAGACGUAUUCAGGUCCAACUUCUACAGUACAUAUUUAUCUCCUAGUUGUCAAUACUCACCCACUUAUACCACGUAAAGUGCAACAUAGCCUGAUAUUUAGAGGCAGUGUCAAGUUACCUGCAUAGUGAGGUGUGGAGGUGUUCAGCUCGAGUGGUGCGCAAAGGAUACUGAAGUCAAACCAUUUCAAAUAGUUUGUUUGGGCGCUCGGUUCCAUGGGUCCUUUCCUCCCCUCUGCCCUGCCACACAGUCCCAACACCUAUCCCUUCCUCUCAACAUAUGAAAGGUAAAAAUAGGUGUUGGGGCGGUGUGGCAGAGCAGAGGGGUGGAAAGGACCCGUAGAAUCGAACGCCCCAACGGACUAUUUGAAAUGGUUUGACUAUACUAAUGCACCAGCAACGGCCUGCCACUGCUUUGGUGAUUACAUAACUAUUCCAUGUUACUGUGUGUGUGUUUGAGUGAGUGAAGUUGCAUAUCCUCGCAUUGAUGUUUAGACUUGUUACAGUUGUUACAGCCAUACUUAGGUGGAGGGUACAGUGUGCAGAUGAAAAUUAUAAGUUGCCCAGACAUUCCAAAACGCUGAUGCACUUACAGAGCCAUGAAUGUGUGUGUAUGCAUGUGUGGCAUUGUGUUUUCACAUCCUGGAGUCAGGGACAUUUAGUGUAUGUGUGAAAAUUAAUCAUGGAAUUUUAUAUUGAUUAGCAGUUUGUGUGCCGAGUGAUUAUUUGAUGAAUGCUGAUUAAGUCAGAUGUUUGUAACGUGACUUAAUUAUCUUACUGUGAUUGUUUUGUUACUGAGUCUUAAGUUGCCUUUCAUUUGAGCAAAAUAGCCACAUGCAUUAUGUUAGAAUUUGCACUCAGAAUAGGUUCUACGAGGACACAUGAGAAACAGCUUCCAGUUGAGUCUUUCAUCACAUAAAAUUUAGGGUUAAAACAAAUAGGGUCAUGUGACUACUUAAUAAAGACACUGAAAACAGGCCUUUGAUGUAGUAUUUGUGAAACUUUAAGAGUAUUUAGAUGUAUUGUUUGGUAACUGAUCUAGCUUUACCUCAGGCUGUUAAAUAAAUCAAAUAUACUAUAAAUGAGGAAGCUAUGACCAACUCCUCAAUAUGGGAAGCUGUAGUUUCACUCUUCUCAAGGAUUACAACAUGACAUAUGAUGAUUAAGUUUUGUGUUCCUCUAAGUGCAAGAUUCAAGUUUACAAAAUACCCGCAAACAUUGAAACAACUAUUUAUACGAGCGAACAUGCUGGAGGAGGAGAAGGACCAAGUUAUGGCUUGAAGGUGACAUAAAAACACACUUAUAAUGGGACUUAAUCUUCCCAGGGUCAGUGCGGCCCCACCAUUAGUUUGUAUACUCUGGUGGUGGAAUGAUUUGUUUUCUUAAGUGACGUGUGCUCUGAAAUAAACAGUAAGUGCUAUA